AUGAAGCCAGUCCCGAAGCCGGGCCCGGCUAAGCUGGGCCCUAACUCUGGUUUGGAUGAGUGGCUAGAAGAGGCGAAGCAAUGCCACUAUCUUCCGGAGAGGAUUAUGAAAGAGCUUUGCGAGAUGGUGAAGGAAGUGCUUAUGGAAGAGUCGAACAUCCAGCCCGUCUGUACCCCGGUCACUAUCUGCGGUGAUAUUCAUGGCCAGUUUUAUGAUCUUCUCGAGUUGUUCAGGGUCGCCGGUGGGAUGCCGGGCGACUCCGAUGUAGAGGCCCCCAGUCCUCGACCAAUGUGA